GGCGCUACACAUUAGUUGAUCGCGGUGAGUUGCGCUGCAGGGGGGACGCGUUCCUGGUCAUUUGCACUUCGAAAGUUUUUUGGACGAAUGAAGCAAGAUGGCCGAGGACAGCACUUACGAAUCAAUACUUUGUGUGAAACCAGAGGUUCAUGUUUACAAAAUUCCACCUCGAGCAACAAAUCGCGGCUACAGAGCAGCAGAUUGGAAACUGGAUGAACCGUCAUGGAGUGGCAGGAUGAAAAUCAUAGCAAUGGGGAAGAAUGCCUUCAUUAAGCUUGAGGACAAGAACUCUGGAGAGCUGUUUGCACAGGCCCCAGUAGAGACGUACCCAGGCAGUGUAGUGGAGGCUGUCACCGACUCCAGUAGAUAUUUUGUUGUCCGGAUUGAGGAUGGAAAUGGUCGUCAUGCAUUUAUAGGCCUUGGGUUUGCUGAUCGUGGGGACUCUUUCGACUUCAAUGUGGCACUGCAGGACCACUUUAAGUGGGUGAAACAGGAAUCAGAUCUUGCUAAAGAAGAGGCUAAUCCAACUCCAGUUCCCAAACUGGACUUGGGGUUCAAGGAUGGACAGACCAUCAAAAUCAGCAUUGGGAACGUAAAGAAGAAGGAUGGAAUGCCACAAGGUGGUGCCAAGGCACGUCCAAUGGGCAGCGGUCUCCUCCUCCCGCCGCCACCGGGUGUGAAAGCUGGAGGCUUUCCCGCCCCUCCAGGAGCACAGCAGCCUGUCCCCGCAGAACAGCCACUCGCAGCAACCCUUUUGGACUUUGGAGAUUUUGGAGAUCCAGCACCAGCAGGUCCAGCACCAGCAGGUCCAGCUCAGCCCGCUCAGGACCUAUGGGGAGACUUCACCGCUGCUGGCUCCGGUGGUUCCUCUCCGAUGUCCACCAAAUCGGAAUGGGUGCAGUUUUAGCAGCUGGACUGACAGACACUCGACUUUUUUUUUUUUUUGGAUUUUUAGAGAACUAGUUUUUAAACUCUUUGCAUUCCCCAAAUCGAGGGAGUUACUGGGGGGAUAGAAAUGGGCACACAAUCACACUAAGCUCAGAUGAACAGUGAGUGGAUGUGUGUAUAUAUGACCCUCACACAUACCACCUACAAUAUUUGACCUUCUCUCCUUUUCUACAAGAAGUCCUAUUUUUUUACAGAAGGUUUCCUAUGCAACCAAUCACCAGGUGACUCCACUAGACACUUCACUUUUCAUAGCUAUGUUGGGUAUAAAAUAGUGCAUUCUUCUUAAUAUCUCCUUUUGGUAAACUGUACAGGUAGAGCUGUGACAUUUCUGAAUCUCACCUCAGUGCCACUGUGGUAACAGUCCCUAUGUGGUUCUCCUCUCAGUCAGUCCAAUGAGGUGAAAAUGGGUGCAUUCCAUGGAAUAAUGUUGUGCCUUUUCCCUAUAUGUUUAAGACCCUUCCCUUAUUCUGAACUAUUUGUGUUUUCUUUGCCUAUGUCAGUUUGUUGUUUUGCUUACCUGUAAAUUCUUUGCUCUAUUACCAUGUCUGCAGUUUAGUUGCUACAACCGUGACUGUAGUAUCUUUUGUCUUCAUUGCGCUGCAAGUAAAAGCUUUGUAUAGGUAGUUUUCUGAAAUCUUUUGGAUUGGGAGUGUAUGUGUUCGUGUGAAGGAUUGCAUAUUGUGUGGGCCAGCACUGUCCAAUGAGCAGAUGGCAGUUUUGAUAAGAUUAGUGACUCCCACUGAACUGGACGAGACCGUCUCCACCGUGCACCCACUGAGCCACCGGCUAUAAUUAUGUAUUUUGUGUGUGUGUGUGUGUGUGUGUCUAUGUGUGUGUUGGCUUUUGUGGCUAGUACCCCACUGACUUGUGUAGAAAGCACAAUGAUUGUUGUGUAAUGCACGUCUUAGUGUGUGUGUGUGUGUGUGUGUGUGUGUGUGUGUGUGUGUGUGUGUGUGUGUGUUUACUUGUUAACAUGUUCCCCAUUUCUCGGCUUAAUCUCUGUUAUUCCUUUUACCUAAUUCUGGUGCCUUUAAUUUGAAGGGUGUACUUAUUAGGGCAAAUGCUUUAAAUGUAUUUUACACACUUGUUGAAAGUGCCUUCUUCACAAAAUAUAAGUCCUGUAUAAAUGUAAAGUCACAAUAUAUUGUAAAUAAUAAACAUUUCCCUCUCGUCCCAUA